UCGCGGCGGCCUGCCGGCGGCGCGAUCUCGGCUCCCUCGCUCGCUCUCUGCUCUCAGGGGAAGCCAAGCCGGGAAGCCCCGGCAACCCGCCCUCCAAGAUGAAGAAGCUCCAGGGAGCUCACCAGCGCAAGCCCAUUACCCCAGACCUGCUGAUGACCCCCAGUGACCAGGGUGAUGUAGACCUGGACAUGGAUUUCGCCGCCGACCGGGGGAACUGGACAGGCAAGCUGGAUUUCCUGCUGUCCUGCAUUGGCUACUGUGUGGGCCUGGGCAAUGUCUGGCGUUUCCCCUACCGGGCCUACACGAACGGAGGAGGCGCCUUCCUCGUGCCCUACUUCCUCAUGCUGGCCAUCUGUGGCAUCCCCCUCUUCUUCCUCGAGCUCUCUCUGGGCCAGUUCUCCAGCCUGGGACCCCUGGCCGUCUGGAAAAUCAGCCCCCUCUUCAAAGGUGCCGGCGCGGCCAUGUUGCUCAUCGUAGGCCUGGUGGCCAUCUACUACAACAUGAUCAUCGCCUACGUCCUCUUCUACCUCUUCGCCUCCCUCACCAGCAACCUGCCCUGGGAGCACUGUGGCAACUGGUGGAACACGGACCUCUGCCUUGAGCACAGAGGCUCCAAGGAUGGCAAUGGGGCCCUGCCCCUCAACCUCACCAGCACCGUCAGCCCCAGCGAAGAGUACUGGAGCCGCUAUGUCCUCCACAUCCAAGGCAGCCGGGGCAUUGGCAGUCCCGGGGAGAUCCGCUGGAACCUCUGCCUCUGUCUGCUGCUGGCCUGGGUCAUCGUGUUCCUCUGUAUCCUCAAGGGCGUGAAGUCCUCGGGCAAGGUGGUGUAUUUCACGGCCACGUUCCCCUACCUCAUCCUGCUCAUGCUGCUGGUCCGAGGAGUCACCCUCCCAGGGGCCUGGAAGGGCAUCCAGUUCUAUCUCACCCCCCAGUUUCACCAUCUGUUGUCUUCCAAGGUGUGGAUCGAGGCUGCUCUUCAGAUCUUCUACUCCCUGGGUGUGGGCUUCGGGGGUCUCCUCACCUUUGCCUCCUAUAACACGUUUCACCAGAACAUCUACAGAGACACCUUUAUCGUCACUCUGGGCAACGCCAUCACCAGCAUCCUGGCUGGCUUCGCCAUCUUCUCUGUGCUGGGCUACAUGUCUCAGGAGCUGGGUGUGCCCGUGGACCAAGUAGCCAAAGCAGGCCCCGGCCUGGCCUUUGUCGUCUACCCACAGGCCAUGACCAUGCUGCCUCUGUCGCCCUUCUGGUCCUUCCUUUUCUUCUUUAUGCUCCUGACUCUUGGCUUGGAUAGCCAGUUUGCCUUCCUGGAGACCAUCGUGACAGCUGUGACCGACGAGUUCCCUUACUACCUGCGGCCCAAGAAGGCUGUGUUCUCGGGGCUCAUCUGCGUGGCCAUGUACCUGAUGGGGCUGGUCCUCACCACCGACGGAGGCAUGUAUUGGCUGGUGCUUCUGGACGACUACAGCGCCAGCUUCGGGCUCAUGGUGGUGGUGAUCACCACGUGCCUGGCCGUCACCCGGGUGUACGGCAUCCAGAGGUUCUGCCGGGACAUCCACAUGAUGCUGGGCUUCAAGCCGGGCCUCUACUUCAGGGCCUGCUGGCUGUUCUUGUCCCCGGCCACGCUCCUGGCCCUGCUGGUGUAUAGCAUCGUCAAGUACCAGCCCUCAGAGUAUGGCAGCUACCGUUUCCCAGCCUGGGCAGAGCUGCUGGGCAUCCUGAUGGGCCUGCUGUCCUGCCUCAUGAUCCCAGCCGGCAUGUUGGUGGCUGUGCUUCGGGAGGAGGGCUCGCUCUGGGAGCGGCUCCAGCAGGCCAGCCGACCGGCCAUGGACUGGGGCCCGUCGCUGGAGGAGAACCGGACUGGCAUGUACGUGGCCACGCUGGCGGGGAGCCAGUCGCCCAAGCCACUGAUGGUGCACAUGCGCAAGUACGGGGGCAUCACCAGCUUCGAGAACACGGCCAUCGAGGUGGACCGCGAGAUCGCCGAGGAGGAGGAGUCUAUGAUGUGA